GAAGGACUGCAGGAAGGAGAUGAUGUAUCUCGUUUAUUUAUUUGUUCACUUCAUUUCAAGUUUACCUCAAAAUUUAAUUAUACAGGAGAAAUGGAAGUUACCUUCUGGAAUUGUACCGAACAAAAAGAUCUCUGAUGUGACAACAAUUAACGUAACAACUUCAUCAGAAGUAUCUUUGUUAAAUUAUCCAACAACUACAUUUUCAAAUGCGCCAAUAACAGAAAAUACUAAUAUAUCCAAAUUAGUUGAAAUAAAAAGUACAUCUUUAACUAUGUUUGAUGAUAUAGAUUGUGAUAAUCAAUUAAUAUCAAAAGCUUCCUCUUCUCAUUUAGAUUCUGAAGAGGAUUUUUCUUCCCCUCCAAAAAGAGUGAGUCCCAGAUGCGCACAGUAAUAAACGGACACA